GCUGAGCCGCGGCGCCCGAAUACUUACCGCGGCGGCGCUCGCUCUGGGAGAACGACUCGGGGCUUGCUUUGUGGCCGCUGUCCCCCUGCCGGCGCCCAGCGCCUCGGCCCCAGCUCAGAGGGAGGGGGCGCACUCCCUAAUACCCCUCCGCUCUCCCCUCGCCUGGGGGAAGAAUGUGCCACCAGCUGUUCUCCGCUCGCGUGCGCUGCGCCCAAAAGUGAAGAACUUGGAAGAAGAGGAGACAAAGGCUGCGUUUGGGACGGAUGAGUUAGAGAAUUGGGUUUGGGCAAACAAAAGGUGCGAAAGACGAGAAGAGGAUAAGGCGAUGGCAACGGGGGAGCCUCGAGGGCUUGAGUUUCUGGGAGUCGCGCCUUGACACGCAUGGUUUCCCCGGACCUUCUGCUGGGCUGACUUCCGCGAGCUGGACGCCCGACUCCGGCAAGUUGGGGAACGCACUGGAACAAUGGACAACUUCUUCCCCGAGGGAACGCGGGUCUGGCUGAGAGAAAAUGGCCAGCAUUUUCCAAGUACUGUAAAUUCCUGUGCAGAGGGCGUCGUCGUCUUCCGGACAGACUAUGGUCAGGUAUUCACAUACAAGCAGAGCACAAUUACACACCAGAAGGUGACUGCGAUGCACCCCACGAAUGAGGAGGGUGUGGAUGACAUGGCCACCUUGACAGAACUGCACGGGGGCUCUAUCAUGCACAAUUUACACCAGCGCUACAAGAGAGAUCAGAUCUAUACCUACAUCGGCUCCAUCAUCGCCUCGGUGAACCCGUACAAGCCCAUCGCCGGCCUGUACGAGCACGCCACCAUGGAGCGCUACAGCAAGGGCCACCUGGGGGAGCUGCCCCCCCACAUUUUCGCUGUGGCCAACGAGUGCUACCGCUGCCUGUGGAAGCGUCACGACAACCAGUGCGUCCUCAUCAGUGGUGAAAGUGGGGCAGGUAAAACCGAAAGCACUAAAUUGAUCCUCAAGUUUUUAUCAGUCAUCAGUCAACAGUCUUUGGAGCUCUCUGUGAAGGACAAGACAUCCUGUGUUGAACAAGCCAUCCUGGAGAGCAGCCCCAUCAUGGAAGCUUUCGGCAAUGCCAAGACUGUGUACAACAACAACUCCAGUCGCUUUGGGAAGUUCGUUCAGCUGAACAUCUGCCAGAAGGGAAAUAUUCAGGGCGGGAGAAUUGUAGAUUAUUUAUUAGAAAAAAACCGAGUAGUAAGGCAGAAUCCUGGGGAGAGGAAUUACCACAUAUUCUAUGCACUGCUGGCGGGGCUGGAGCGGGAACAGACAGAAGAAUUCUAUUUAUCUGUGCCAGAAAACUACCACUACUUGAAUCAGUCUGGAUGUGUAGAAGACAAGACAAUCAGUGACCAGGAAUCCUUUAGGGAAGUUAUUACAGCCAUGGACGUAAUGCAGUUUAGUAAGGAGGAAGUCCGGGAGAUUUUGAGGUUGCUUGCGGGCAUACUGCAUCUCGGGAACAUAGAAUUUAUCACUGCUGGCGGGGCACAGGUCUCCUUCAAAACGGCCUUGGGGAGGUCUGCCGAGUUACUUGGGCUGGACCCAACGCAGCUCACGGACGCUCUGACCCAGAGAUCGAUGUUCCUCAGGGGGGAAGAGAUCCUCACACCUCUCAACGUUCAACAGGCGGUAGAUAGCAGAGACUCCCUGGCCAUGGCACUUUAUGCACGCUGCUUUGAGUGGGUGAUCAGGAAGAUCAACAGCAGGAUCAAAGGCAGCGACGACUUCAAAUCUAUCGGCAUUCUUGACAUCUUCGGAUUUGAAAACUUUGAGGUUAAUCACUUUGAGCAGUUCAAUAUAAACUAUGCAAAUGAGAAACUUCAGGAAUAUUUCAACAAGCAUAUUUUUUCUUUAGAACAACUGGAAUAUAGCAGGGAAGGAUUAGUGUGGGAAGAUAUUGACUGGAUAGACAAUGGAGAAUGCCUGGACUUGAUCGAGAAGAAACUCGGCCUCCUGGCUCUUAUCAAUGAAGAAAGCCAUUUUCCUCAAGCCACGGAUAGCACGCUAUUGGAGAAGCUACACAAUCAACAUGCUAAUAACCACUUUUACGUGAAGCCCAGAGUCGCCGUCAACAAUUUUGGAGUGAAACACUAUGCUGGAGAGGUGCAGUAUGAUGUCCGGGGCAUCUUGGAGAAGAACAGAGACACCUUCAGAGAUGAUCUUCUCAACUUGCUAAGGGAAAGCCGCUUCGACUUCAUCUAUGACCUAUUUGAACACGUUUCAAGCCGCAACAACCAGGAUACCUUGAAGUGUGGAAGUAAACACCGGCGACCCACGGUCAGCUCCCAGUUCAAGGACUCACUGCAUUCCUUGAUGGCAACGCUAAGCUCCUCUAACCCUUUCUUUGUUCGCUGUGUCAAGCCAAACAUGCAGAAGAUGCCAGACCAGUUUGACCAGGCGGUCGUGCUGAACCAGCUGCGGUACUCUGGGAUGCUGGAGACGGUGAGGAUCCGCAAAGCUGGCUAUGCUGUCCGGAGACCCUUCCAGGACUUUUACAAAAGGUACAGAGUGCUGAUGAGGACCAUGGCCGUGCCCGACGACAUCCGGGGCAAGUGCACGGCCCUCCUGCAGCUCUGCGACUCCUCCCGCAGCGAGUGGCAGCUGGGGAAGACGAAGGUCUUCCUUCGAGAAUCCUUGGAGCAGAAACUGGAGAAGCUGCGUGAAGAGGAAGUUAACCGGGCGGCCAUGGUGAUCCGGGCCCACAUCUUGGGCUACUUGGCACGGAAGCAGUACAGGAAGGUCCUUUCUUGUGUGGUGACGAUACAGAAGAAUUACAGAGCCUUCCUGCUGAGGAGGAGAUUUCUGUGCCUGAAGAAAGCAGCCAUAGUUUUCCAGAAGCAGCUCAGGGGUCAGAUGGCGCGGCGACUUUACAGACAGCUGCUGGCCGAGAAGCGGGAGGAGGAAGCAAAGAGGAGGCGGGAAGAAGAGGAAAGGAGGAGGCGAGAGCAAGAGGAAAGAGAAAGAGAGAAGGCACGAAGAGAAGCUGAGCUCCGUGCCCAACAGGAGGCAGCUGAACGGAAGCAGCAGGAGCUGGAAGCUUUGCAGAAGAGUCGGAGGGAAGCUGAACUCAGCCGGGAACUGGAGAAGCAGAAAGAAAACAAACAGGUGGAAGAGAUCCUCCGCCUGGAAAAAGAAAUCGAGGACCUGCAGCGCAUGAAGGAGCGGCAGGAGCUGUCCCUGACCGAGGCCUCCCUGCAGAAGCUGCAGCAGCUGCGGGACGAGGAGCUCAAGAGGCUGGAGGACGAAGCAUGCCGAGCCGCCCAGGAGUUCCUGGAGUCGCUCAACUUCGACGAGAUCGACGAGUGCGUGCGCAACAUCGAGCGCUCGCUGUCCGUGGGCAGCGAGUUUUCCAACGAGCUGGGUGAGCUUGCUGAGAGUGCAAGUGCAGAGAAGCCCAACUUCAACUUCAGCCAGCCCUACCCGGAGGAGGAGGUCGACGAGGGCUUUGAGGCCGAUGACGAUGCCUUUAAGGAUUCGCCCAACCCGAGCGAGCACGGCCACUCUGACCAGCGAACAAGUGGCAUUCGGACAAGCGACGAGUCCUCGGAGGAGGAUCCCUAUAUGAACGACACUGUGGUGCCCACCAGCCCCAGUGCCGACAGCACCGUGCUACUGGCCCCCUCGGAGCAGGGCUCCUCCAGCGGGGUGCCCACCUACUGCAUGCCCCAGAACACCGGGGGCCUUCCCUCCCCGGAGGGCGACUACGACUACGACCAGGACGACUAUGAGGACGGUGCCAUCACCUCCGGCAGCAGCGUGACCUUCUCCAACUCCUGCAGUAGCCAGUGGUCCCCAGACUACCGAUGCUCCGUGGGGACCUACAACAGCUCUGGGGCAUACCGGUUUAGCUCCGAAGGGGCACAGUCCUCGUUUGAAGACAGUGAAGAGGACUUCGACUCGAGGUUUGAUACGGACGAUGAACUGUCCUACCGGCGGGACUCUGUGUACAGCUGCGUCACCCUGCCUUAUUUCCACAGCUUCCUGUACAUGAAAGGUGGCUUAAUGAACUCCUGGAAACGUCGCUGGUGUGUCCUCAAGGACGAGACCUUCCUGUGGUUCCGCUCCAAGCAGGAGGCCCUCAAGCAAGGCUGGCUCCACAAAAAAGGUGGUGGCUCUUCCACGCUGUCCAGGAGAAACUGGAAGAAGCGCUGGUUCGUCCUCCGCCAGUCCAAGCUGAUGUACUUUGAAAAUGACAGUGAGGAGAAACUCAAGGGCACCGUGGAAGUCCGGACGGCAAGAGAGAUCAUAGAUAACACCAGCAAAGAGAACGGGAUUGAUAUCAUUAUGGCCGAUAGGACCUUCCACCUGAUCGCGGAGUCCCCAGAAGAUGCCAGCCAGUGGUUCAGCGUGCUGAGUCAGGUGCACGCGUCCACCGACCAGGAGAUCCGGGAGAUGCACGACGAGCAGGCGAACCCGCAGAACGCCGUGGGCACUUUGGAUGUGGGGCUGAUUGAUUCCGUGUGCGCCUCCGACAGCCCAGACAGGCCCAACUCGUUUGUGAUCAUCACAGCCAACCGGGUGCUCCACUGCAACGCCGACACGCCGGAGGAGAUGCAUCACUGGAUCACACUGCUGCAGAGAUCCAAGGGCGACACCAGGGUCGAGGGCCAGGAAUUUAUCGUGAGAGGGUGGUUGCACAAAGAAGUCAAGAACAGCCCGAAGAUGUCUUCGCUGAAACUGAAGAAGCGGUGGUUUGUGCUGACCCACAACUCCUUGGAUUACUACAAGAGCUCGGAGAAGAAUGCUCUGAAACUGGGCACCCUGGUCCUCAAUAGCCUCUGCUCGGUCGUCCCUCCGGACGAGAAGGUUUUCAAGGAGACAGGCUACUGGAACGUCACCGUGUACGGCCGCAAGCACUGCUAUCGGCUCUACACCAAGCUGCUCAACGAGGCCACCAGGUGGUCCAGCGCCAUUCAAAAUGUGACUGACACCAAGGCCCCCAUCGAUACCCCCACCCAGCAGCUGAUUCAAGACAUCAAGGAGAACUGCCUGAACUCGGACGUGGUGGAGCAGAUUUACAAGCGGAACCCCAUCCUCCGCCACACCCACCACCCCCUGCAUUCCCCGCUCCUGCCCCUGCCUUACGGAGACAUCAAUCUCACCUUGCUCAAGGACAAAGGCUAUACCACCCUCCAGGAUGAAGCCAUCAAAAUCUUCAAUUCCCUCCAGCAACUGGAAUCCAUGUCUGACCCCACUCCCAUCAUCCAGGGCAUCCUCCAGACGGGGCAUGACCUGCGCCCCCUGCGAGACGAGCUGUACUGCCAGCUCAUCAAGCAGACCAACAACGUGCCGCACCCGGGCAGCGCCGGCAACCUGUGCAGCUGGCAGAUCCUUGCGUGCUUGAGUUGCACCUUCCUGCCGAGUCGGGGGAUCCUCAAGUACCUCAAGUUCCACCUGAAGAGGAUACGGGAACAGUUCCCAGGAACCGAGAUGGAAAAAUACGCGCUCUUCAUUUACGAAUCUCUUAAGAAAACCAAGUGCAGAGAAUUUGUGCCUUCCCGCGAUGAAAUAGAAGCUCUGAUCCACAGGCAGGACAUGACAUCCAUGGUGUACUGCCACGGCGGCGGCUCCUGCAAAAUCACCAUUAACUCCCACACCACAGCCGGGGAGGUGGUGGAGAAGCUGAUCAGAGGCCUGGCCAUGGAGGACAGCAGGAACAUGUUCGCCCUGUUUGAGUCCAACGGACACGUUGACAAAGCCAUCGAAAGCCGGACUAUUGUGGCCGAUGUGCUAGCAAAGUUUGAAAAGCUGGCUGCCACCUCAGAGGUGGGUGACCUGCCCUGGAAAUUCUACUUCAAACUUUACUGCUUCCUGGACACAGACAAUGUGCCAAAAGACAGCGUGGAAUUUGCAUUUAUGUUUGAGCAGGCCCAUGAAGCUGUCAUCCACGGCCACUAUCCGGCCCCGGAAGAAAACCUGCAGGUUCUCGCAGCCCUGCGGCUGCAGUACCUGCAGGGCGACUAUUCGCUGCACACCGCCGUCCUGCCCCUGGAAGAGGUUUACUCGCUGCAGAGGCUCCGGGCCCGCAUCAGCCAGUCCACCAAAAGCUUCACCCCGUGUGAGCGGCAGAGGCGGACGAGCUUCCUGGAGGGGACGCUGCGGCGGAGCUUCCGGACUGGCUCUGUGGUCCGGCCCAAGGCCGAGGAGGAGCAGAUGCUGGACAUGUGGGUCAAGGAAGAAGUCUCCUCUGCUCGAGCCAGUAUCAUCGACAAGUGGAAGAAGUUUCAGGGAAUGAGCCAGGAACAGGCCAUGGCCAAGUACAUGGCCUUGAUCAAGGAGUGGCCUGGCUAUGGGUCGACGCUCUUUGACGUGGAGUGCAAGGAAGGCGGCUUUCCCCAGGACCUCUGGCUGGGCGUCAGCGCAGACGCCGUGUCCGUCUACAAGCGCGGGGAGGGGAAACCGCUAGAAGUCUUCCAGUAUGAGCACAUCCUCUCCUUCGGCGCCCCCCUGGCAAACACCUACAAGAUUGUGGUGGAUGAGAGGGAGCUGCUCUUUGAGACCAGUGAGGUGGUGGACGUGGCCAAGCUCAUGAAAGCCUACAUCAGCAUGAUUGUGAAGAAGCGCUACAGCACCUCGCGCUCCGUCAGCAGCCAGGGCAGCUCCAGGUGAACCAGGCGGAGCCCACGUGUCCUCAGGACCUGAACACGCCCCCCUCUGGCCUCAGCUGGCUCCUGCGGGCAGAGCCCAAGCACAGCUGCCCAGGCUCUCGGGAAGCCUCCGGGAGGAGGUGUCCCCGAGGGACCUUUCGCCCUGUCCACUUCAGUGAUCAUGUAUUAAGCUGUCAACCUUAACCCAAUUUCCAACGCUUCACUACUCCUAGAUGACACAUGCCUUAAAAAAAAGAGAAGAAAAAACCCACGCUGCCGCCAAAGCAGCCAAAAGUGCCUUAACGUGUGGGAGCAACACUAACGGACCUUAACUGUGCUACUGAAGGGAAAGCUUCCCCCUUGCCGGGGAGACUGACAGAGCUUGGCGGUGGGGGCGUUUAUCCGUCACCUAUGCACUAACCUCUCAGCCUGAUCUCCCGACUUUGAGGGAAGGUGAGGGAGCGGGGAGGGGGCAGGGAGCGCAAGGAGACAGUGUAUCUUAGUUGGGGUGCUGCUGGCAGCCUUCCUCGCAACACAUAGUAACUUUUUUUGUUUCAUCUUUUAAGUGUCUGUGCUGGCCUGUGCAUGCAUGUGUUCAUAAACUCACCACUUUAAUCACUGUUUCAAGAGUAUUAAAAGCAAAGGGAAAAAGGAAGUGCAAUGGUGUAAACAGUCUGUCUGUAUAUUUUAAUAGUUCAGAGUUAUAGUCUCCAGUUGUUAACUUUAUAAGGCAGUGAUAUUAACAAACCGAAUUCUGGAUUUUCCUGUCCUUGCUGUAUUUCGAAAGCCACAUUUGGACUCAGUUUUAUUAUACAUGUAGCAAAGUCUGCAUUCUGUGUCUGCUGUAUUAUAAACAGAAAUGCAGCCUGCAAAUAACUGUAUUUAUAAACCACUCUUAAACAGCUGGCUUCAGGGCUGUUUUUAGAAAUGUAUGAAGUCAUUUUGGAGUCUUUAGUUUCUAAAAGAUUUAAGUUAAAAAAAAAUGUUUCUUUGAAGGUUAGCUUGUAUCGCUCCAGGUAGAUUACUGUAUAACCA